UAUUAGACCUGAAUUGGAGGAAAUAGAGCAUGUGAGAGUUCAUUGAGGAUGCAAGUAUGAAAGUAGAGGAUGAUAACUGUAAGGAAAUGGCAAUGUUUGAGUUUUGGAGGUAGAAUAAUGAGAUGUCGAUUCUAUUAGAAAGAAUAGUUUAAUGAGGGACUAUAUAUGAUGUGGAAUUAUGAGUAUUAAUAUAAAUUGUGUACACAAAUACUAUCUUUAUCAUGA